CAAUUAAUUUUAUCGCCCUUCAUCUCCGAACUAUUUCGUAAUUCUGUCUUAUAAAUUUUACCUGAAAGCUCUGAAUCAUUCAGUGUUUAACACGGGAUCAUUUGAUUUAUUACUGGAUUAUUUCAGUUAGCCCUACCUUUCAUCAUGUCGCCCGCACUGGAAAGAGGAGCCUUAAUCAUUGAAGGAAAAACUAAAAAAAUAUUUGAAAUUGUUGGUGAGCCAGACAAGAUUUUAAUGGUAUCUAAAGACAGAAUUACUGCUGGAGAUGGAGCCAAAGCUCAUGAUAUGGAAGGAAAAUCUGUCAUUUCGACUGCAACUACUGCCAAAAUCUUUGAAUAUUUGAACGAAGUUGGAAUAAAGACACAUUAUAUCAAGCAGCAUGAUGAAAGAUCUUUGAUUGCAAAAAAAUGUGAAAUGAUACCUAUUGAGUGGGUAUCUCGGCGACAUGCUACAGGAUCAUUCCUUCGGAGAAAUCCUGGUGUUAAAGAAGGAUACCGUUUUUGUCCAUUGAAACUAGAAACAUUUUACAAAGAUGAUGCUAACCAUGAUCCUCAGUGGUCUGAUGAGCAGCUAAUCUGUGCUGAACUAGUUGUUGGAGGAUUAAAAAUUGGAAGAAAUGAAGUGGAAAUUAUGCAUAAAACUACUGCUUGCAUAUUUGAAGUUUUAGAAAAAGCAUGGUCAUCGCUUGGCUGCAGCCUGAUUGAUAUGAAAGUAGAAUAUGGAGUGACUACAAAUGGUGAAUUAGUUCUGGCUGAUGUUAUUGACAGUGAUUCAUGGCGUCUCUGGCCAUCUGGAGACAAAAGAUUAAUGGUUGAUAAACAAGUUUACAGGAAUUUGAGUGUAGUAACUCCAGAAGAUUUAGAGAAAGUUAAAAGAAAUUUUCAGUGGGUUGCUGAAAAAGCCAAAGAAUUUCUUCCAGCACCAAAAGCUCAGGCUGUAAUACUGAUGGGAUCACCGUCUGAUAAAAAUCACUGUUUGAAAAUUAGGGAUGCAUGUGAGAAGCUUGGAGUACCCACUGUGUUGAGAGUAACAUCUGCUCAUAAAGGCCCUGAUGAAACUCUUAAUAUUAUUGCCCAGUAUGAAGGUCAUGGACAGCCAAAUGUUUUCAUUGCUGUUGCUGGACGAAGCAAUGGGUUAGGUCCUGUCACAUCUGGUAAUUCAGCCUCACCUGUAAUUAACUGUCCUCCAAUAACAGCUGAUUGGGGCCGGGAGGAUAUAUGGUCUUCACUUAGAUUACCAUCGGGUCUUGGUUGUACCACCGUUUUAUCUCCUGAAGGUGCUGCUUUAGCGGCUGCUCAAAUUUUAGGUCUUACAGAUCAUGUCAUUUGGUCCCGCUUGAAAGCAAAGCAUUUGAAUGUUUGGAUUGAGUUAAAGCAUGCAGAUAAAGACAUAUCAGCAUAAAAUAUAUUUUUCAGUUUGUGCUCUGAAAUAAAUUUGAUUUGUUUUUCAAACUUCAGAAAACUAUAUAAAUAGCAACAAAAUGUAUUUUUAUAUGGAAUAUAAACUUAUUAUACAUGUCAUUUAUUUUGAUAAACAAAAUAAAGAUAUUUAGCUAAAUGAA